CCGGCCAUGAACGGCUCGCUGGCGGGCUCCGGGGGGGGCUGGCAGCCCGAGUCCGUGAUCAUCCCCCUCGUGUACUUCAUCAUCUUCCUCGUGGGCACCGUGGGCAACAGCCUGGUGCUGGCCGUGCUGCUGCGCAACGGGCAGGUGAAGAACACCACCAACCUCUUCAUCCUCAACCUGGGGGUGGCCGACCUCUGCUUCAUCCUCUUCUGCGUGCCCUUCCAAGCCACCAUCUACACCCUGGAGGGAUGGGUGUUCGGGCCCUUCAUGUGCAAGGCCGUGCACUUCUUCAUCUACCUCACCAUGUACGCCAGCAGCUUCACCCUGGCCACCGUGUCCCUGGACAGGUACUUGGCCAUACGAUACCCCCUGCACUCCAGGGAGCUGAGGACACCCAGGAACGCCCUCCUGGCCAUUUGUCUCAUCUGGGGGCUCUCCUUCAUCUUCUCGGGCCCUUACCUCAGCUACUACCAGGAGUUCCAGCUGGCCAACCUGACUGUCUGCCACCCCAUCUGGGAGAUCUCCCAGCGCAAGAUCAUGGACACCUGCACCUUCAUCUUCAGCUACAUCAUCCCCGUGCUCAUCCUCAGCCUCACGUACGUGCGGACCAUUCGCUACCUGUGGCGCUCCGUGGAUCCCCUCCAAGACAUGUCAGAGUCCAAGAAGGCCAAGAGGAAGGUCACCAGGAUGAUCAUCAUCGUGGCCGUGCUGUUCUGCCUCUGCUGGCUGCCCCACCACCUGGUGAUCCUGUGCGUGUGGUUCGGCCACUUCCCCCUGAACCACUCCACGUACGUGCUGCGCGUCCUCUCGCACGUCAUCUCCUACGCCAACUCCUGCGUCAACCCCAUCGUCUACGCCCUGGUCUCCAAGCACUUCCGCAAGGGCUUCAAGAAGAUCUUCAGCUGCCUCCUGCACAAGAGGGCGGCGCACAGGGUGCACGUGGCCCAGGCUGCCCACACGCUCAGCACGCUGGAGGCAGAGCUCAGCGAGCUGACCCAGCUGAGCGAAGCCCUGCCCGGGCGCUCGGCCGCGCGCUGCAGGGUCCCCGCGCAGCCCUGCGGGGAGGAAGGGCUGCAGGGGCAGGAGCACAGAGCAGAUGGCUCCUCUGUCGCCUUCAACGUCAGCUAGCAGAGCUCCCUCCCACCCCAGGGCUUCGCAGUCUCCUCCAGGCUUGGGGCCGGGCGAUGUUUUGGGUUCAGUUGAAUCCUUUUCAUUCAAAUGCACCCAGAAAUCACAACCGUGAUGCUGCUGACACAGACUCAGCCAAGAACCAACCAAGGACAGGAUUUUCGUCCACCAAGCCAAGAACCAACCAAGCACAGGAUUUUCUUCUUGCUGAGAGCAGAGAGAUCAAACCCCAAAAUCCACUGCCAUGUGUAAACACCUGCUCCUCUAUCAUGGAUGGACUUACUCCCUGUUGCAUCUACACCCAGCGCCUGUGAAAAGCUCUGGCCCCUCCAACCAGCAUUUCCCAGUUGAUGUGUGCAAGGAAGUGCAACCCCUCAAUGUGGGGGGCUGCAGAUGGGGAUCCCUGGCCCCAGUGCCCAGCUGGAGGAAGCUUUCAGACCCCAAAACUGUAGGACUGUUGGACUGGGAUUUAUCCACAGGCCCCAGCAGUGACGUGGGGAUGAAAAAUAAGAAAGAAGCAAAGCUCAGUCCCUGUGCAGCUCCGGCUCUUCUGCACAGGGACUGAGCUCUGGAGCUUGUGGGUGCACUUUUAGAGACAUUUGGAAAAUAUUGGUUUGUUUGUAUCCUGGUUUAGGAGCUGCAUCCCAGGGCAGUGCUGGGCACAAGCCCAGCUCAGGUAGGAAAAUCCAGGAGCGAAGCACAGAAGGACCAAGGGGAGGGAGGCUGUUUGCCAGGGAAGCACAGCCAUGGAGCCAUGGUAGGGGAAGGAUUUUAAUGCCUUUGUACAGCCUGGGGACAGCUCAGCAUCUCAAGCAGGAGACAAGCAGGGCACUGACACUGAGGUGGGACAGCCAGGGCUGUGUGAGAGCUGGGGGUGCCCAGCAAACCUGGGAAUAAAUAAAGCCCCUCCACCCCA